AUGUCCAACGCAUACGUUCCCAAGGUUCGCGUUCAGAAGCCCGCGCCGCACUUCUCCGGUAUUGCCGUUGUCGAUGGCGCACAUGAGGAAAUAAGCUUGUCCUCCUUCACUGCCCAGAAGCAAUGGCUAGUCCUUGGCUUCAUCCCAAUGGCCUGGACUUUCGUGUGCCCGACUGAGAUCAUCGCCUUCAGCGACAGGAUCAACGACUUCAAGGCCCGCAACACCUCCGUCGUCUUCGCCAGCACCGAUUCCGAAUACAGCUUGCUGGCAUGGACCAACGCUAGCAGGCGCGACGGCGGACUGGGACCCAUCAACAUCCCGCUGUUGAGCGACAAGAACCAUGCCAUCAGCAAGGACUACGGCGUUCUGCUCGAGGAGGAGGGCAUCGCCCUCAGGGGUCUGUUCCUGAUCGACCCCAACGGCGUUGUACGACAGAUCACCGUCAAUGACCUCCCCGUCGGCCGUAGCGUAGACGAGACCCUCCGCCUCAUCGACGCCUUCCAGUUCACCGACAAGUACGGCGAGGUCUGCCCUGCCAACUGGAACCCCGGAGACGAGACCAUCAAGGCGACCCCCGAGGGCAUCAAGGCCUACCAUUCCAAGGUGGAUGCUAAGAUGAACGGCGCAUAA